UGUGUGCCUUUAGGUAGAGCAGUGACUCCCAGGCCGCCCAGCGCUGUUUUGUUCAUUUAUCUUUAAGAAAAGUUAUUCUAAAUUUCUUUGAGUCAUAUUUGACUAUAACAGAAGCUAUGGGCCAGCGCUGGUCCCGGCAGCUCUGCCUCACCCACCCGUUCCCACCUCUAGGAGAAAUCGCACAUCGAGGUGUUCCUGCGCCCGCUGUCCCAGGGCGCCAGCGCCCUCGUCUUCUUCAGCCGGAGGACGGAUAUGCCCUUUGUCUACAACACCAGCCUGGCCAAGCUCCACUUCCCCGAGGACACCGUGUAUGAGGUGCAAGAUGUGUACAGCGGGAAGACCAUCAGCGGCUUAAAGACGGGAGACAGCUUCUCGGUCGUUAUCAACCCGUCGGGGGUGGUGAUGUGGUAUCUGUAUCCCACGGUGCUCCCAGCGCAGCCCUGUCACGUUGGCAGACGGCAAGCCCGUGGUGAGGGUUUCCAGCCAUUCCUCCUGUGACAAGGCUCAGCGGACAGGGGUGUGGGUCAGUGCGGGGGGAGCCGUGAGAUGCUGGGGCACGUGGCUCUUCACUGCACAAGUGCCUUUCGCUGACGUGCCCAGGUCAUUCCUUGGGUACCAGCCUGAUGAUUACUGCUCGGUCUGCGUAAAGGCAAGAAUUCUCGUUACUCGGCUCCUAAGACUGUGCAGAGCAUGAUUGCUUGGUGAUUGCAAAGCCCUUUGAGAUCCUCCUGUGGAAGUUCCAUACAAGCAGAGUCCAGCUGCCAUUGGAGUUUGUCAGCUCUGACACCUGAACACUUCACUGCUUUGAACUGAGUACCACCAGCUGCUGCAGGGACUGUUUGCACUAUGCAUGUAGAAAGGCCUUGGAUGCUUUAGUGUGAAAUUCUGAUACAGAAGUGAACCAGGUGAGAGAAUUCCAGAACCCACCAGAACAAACUGUCUGGUGGGUGUAACAACACUGAUCUCUGAAGUAGCUGGACCAUUCAGACUCGUCAGAUAAAGAUGAAUUAUUUCUGCUUUUCCUUUAUCUAAUCUACACUUCCCUCCAUUUUAUGUUAUUCCAUUUGGCUUGCCCCACGUAAAGUUUUGAGUUUGGGUGUAUUUGAUUCUUUUCAGAAAAAAGUUGUUGUUUUAAAGAACUUGUUGUAAAUCUGUCAUUUGUUGUUAUGUAUUCUGUUUGAUAAAGAGAUUUUCCUGCAUUUUUCCAGCACAGCUAAAACCAGAGAAUUAAAAGGCUGUAAAGAUCGCA